GCGGCGGCGUUUGACGUCAGUGGGGAGUUAAUUUUAAAUCGGUACAAGAUGGCGGAGGGGGACGAGGCAGCGCGGAGGCAGCAGCCGCACCAGGGGCUGCGGCGGCGGCGGGGGACCAGCGACCCAAGCACCGGGGUUAACCACGUCUCGUCCACGACCUUCCUAGGUGAGAAUUAUGAAGAUGAUGACCUAGUAAACUCUGAUGAGGUUAUGAAGAAACCAUGUCCAGUGCAGAUUGUUCUUGCUCAUGAAGAUGACCAUAACUUUGAGCUCGAUGAAGAAGCUUUGGAGCAGAUAUUGCUACAGGAGCACAUACGAGAUCUUAACAUAGUAGUGGUAUCCGUGGCAGGAGCUUUUCGUAAAGGGAAAUCAUUUCUACUGGACUUCAUGCUUAGAUAUAUGUAUAACAAGGAUUCCCAAAGUUGGAUUGGUGGAAACAAUGAACCAUUGACUGGCUUUACAUGGCGAGGUGGUUGUGAGAGAGAAACAACAGGCAUACAAGUUUGGAAUGAAGUAUUUGUGAUCGACAGACCUAAUGGAACAAAAGUGGCUGUGCUGCUAAUGGAUACCCAGGGUGCCUUUGAUAGCCAGUCAACUAUCAAAGACUGUGCAACGGUGUUCGCUCUGAGCACCAUGACUAGCUCUGUCCAGGUAUAUAAUCUGUCUCAGAACAUUCAAGAAGAUGACCUUCAACACUUGCAAUUAUUUACAGAGUACGGCAGACUUGCAAUGGAGGAAAUCUACCAGAAACCAUUUCAGACAUUAAUGUUUUUAAUUCGGGAUUGGAGUUAUCCUUAUGAACAUUCAUAUGGUUUGGAAGGUGGAAAACAAUUCCUUGAAAAGAGAUUGCAGGUAAAGCAAAAUCAACAUGAAGAGCUACAGAAUGUAAGGAAGCACAUUCACAAUUGUUUCUCAAAUCUUGGUUGCUUCCUUUUGCCACAUCCUGGUCUUAAAGUUGCAACUAAUCCUAGUUUUGAUGGGAGAUUGAAAGAUAUUGAUGAAGACUUUAAACGAGAGCUUCGAAAUCUGGUUCCAUUGCUGCUUGCCCCUGAGAAUUUGGUAGAAAAAGAGAUAAGUGGAUCUAAAGUCACUUGUAGAGAUCUUGUAGAAUACUUUAAGGCUUACAUUAAAAUUUAUCAAGGAGAGGAACUUCCACAUCCAAAGUCCAUGCUUCAGGCAACAGCUGAAGCUAAUAAUCUUGCUGCGGUAGCAGGAGCAAGAGAGAUCUAUUGCAAAAGUAUGGAGCAGGUAUGUGGUGGGGACAAGCCUUACAUUGCACCUUCAGAUCUGGAGCGAAAACACCUGGAUCUCAAGGAAGUGGCGAUUAAACAGUUUCGUUCAGUGAAGAAAAUGGGUGGAGAUGAAUUCUGCCAUCGUUAUCAGGACCAGCUUGAAGCUGAAAUUGAAGAAACCUAUGCAAAUUUUAUAAAGCACAAUGAUGGCAAAAAUAUCUUCUAUGCUGCUCGUACUCCUGCCACACUGUUUGCAGUCAUGUUUGCUAUGUAUAUAAUCUCAGGACUGACUGGCUUCAUUGGCCUAAACUCUAUAGCCGUCUUGUGUAACCUUAUCAUGGGGUUAGCACUGACAUCUCUUUGUACUUGGGCAUAUGUAAAAUACUCUGGGGAGUUCAGAGAAAUUGGAACAAUGAUUGAUCAGAUUGCUGAAACACUAUGGGAACAGGUAUUGAAGCCCCUGGGUGAUAAUUUGAUGGAGGAAAACAUAAGGCAGUCUGUAACAAACUCUAUCAAAGCAGGCCUGACUGACCAGGUGUCUCAUCAUGCCAGAUUAAAGACAGACUGACAGUUCAUCUCCUCAUGGACUCCACUCUCCCUUUCUUUCAUGCUUGCUGUACAAUGAGAACUCAAAUAAAAAUAAACCAAAGUUUACAAUCAACUGUAGAAGUAGUUUAGUAUAACUGGCUUCACAGAUGGCUGCCACAGAGUGUGAAAAUUGUUUGUUGGUUUUAAGCAUUCUGUUCUUGGCUCCUAAGACACGGAGAUUGGCUGAGGAGCGUUAGUUUAUCAUGCACAUUUGUGCCAUGUUUCUUUUAUUUUUUUUCUUCCUUUUAAUCUAAUGUUAGUGAAAUUUGUCUUGUGUAAAAGGAUAUUUCAGGGAAAUAUUUUAAGAAAUCUAUUUAGAGUCUAACACCAGUAUCCCAUUGAAAUUUUAAUUUUAGUGAAGUUAUGAAUCACUGUAUCAAGAAUCAGAUCAGAAUGACAAUGAAGCCUUUAUUGAGCCACUACAUUAAAAGUAUAUAUUGCUUUAUUGCCUUCAAUACCAGUAUUACAUAAGUGCAUGUAUCAGAAAUUUCACAGAAAUUACAUGACAACUCUUGUAGCUAAGAAAGUGAUUCUGAGGUGUACAUUUGUCUUGCCUUUUUAAAUUUAUAAACCUGCCCUAAAAGGAGAUGCAUAUCUGGGAAACUGAACUGUCUUUAUGCAGUUUAGCCUUCAUGUACAUAAAAUAUGCCAUUAAUUUUAUUGGGGGAGAAAUUCCAUCCAAAAAUGUUGCCUACAGCUAUGAGUUAAGAGUGUCUGUACAGUGCGUAGCUUUUAUUUUCUAAAAUCACAGAUAGGGCAUGUAUAUGAAUUAUAAAUAUAUAAAUACGAUUUUGUAUUAAAAGUUUUGUAGUUUAUGGCAAAAUCUGGUUCUGUGGUAGGCUAAGUACAGUCCCUGUGAAGGAAUGUUUGUGGCUCAUGUCAGUGUGUGAAUGCAUAGACAAUUUGAAGUUUUUGAUAUAUUUGUGAUAUUUAUCUUCCUUGAGCACUGCAAUCUCACCCCCACCCCCAAGGGAAUUCAGUGGGAAUGUUUAUCGUGACUUUGUCCUCUGUUGCAUUUUAAAGUUAUUUCCUGUAAUUUAUUUUCAGUACAUAAUUAAAAAUUUGUUGUAUAUAUAAAAUGAAACUUGUGAUUCUUUUUUAAGGAAUCCUUCAAGUAUGUAUUCCAUUACAUAAACCAUGUUUGUUCAUACUGAAAAGAGCAUGAGCAGGAAACACCCAAGUGAGAGCUCUAAGGUAUUGUACCCAAAGCUAAGCUUGUAAAAAUUAUUUUUCUUUGUCUCUGUUAGGGAAAACUUGUGAUUAGGCUAGGUAUAGCAGGGGAUUUGUUAAUUUCUUUUGUCCCUCUCUCUCUUUCCUUUCCUUUUUCUUUCUUCUUCUUCUUCUUCUUUUUUUUUUUUUUUUUUGGUGGUAUAUGUAAAGCUAACAUUUUUGUAAUAUUUUUGUAGCCGCCUUUAUAAACACCUAUUACUAAAGCACCUAGUUUGGUUUUUAAGUGAAGAAAAUUCAGAUGUUGAGUUGCAUGCCUGAAAGCUCUAAAUUUGCUUCGGUUGGUAUAAUCUCCUCCCCUCCUCCUUUCAAAUCCUGUUUUUAUAUGGAUUGUAUUUGUUUCCAUCUGUAUUAAAUUGCUACCAACUCAUCUGUUCUUAAAACAUAAAGAAUCCACUUGAAAGGUCUUUUUAUUUCUUCUAACACCCUGUUUUAUGAAUGCUGUGGACUGUUUUUAUGAAUGAAAAAAUAAAAAGUUUGUUGUAUAAUA